AAGGCCGUAAGCUCAGCACAAACGACGACGAAAAAGCAAAGGGCGAGGAGGGGAGAUAUGUUAAGAGCUUCUGAAGCUAUCGUUUUAGACGAGAAUUUUGGCCCCCAAAGCAGAGACAUUUUAGCCACUAUGCCAGCGUUACAAAGUACAAACAUGAUGUCGAACCAGCGGUAUUGUAUAUCGCUGGGUCCUGGGCCUCUGUGGUACUCCGAUGUUCCCCACGCCGUUGAUGCAUCCAAAAUGUCCUUCGUGGCAGAGGGCAGCGGCGUGGGGGUUUUAGCACAGCCCCCUGUCAAUGCUAAAGGCCUGUUCACCACCAACGUGAACUCCUUGGCACAACAGACACAGGUUGCAGCCAACCUGUGUUUCAAAAUUCGUCCCGUGGAAUGUUUAGAGGUUACCUGGGAAACUGUUUUGCUUGAUGGCAAGUUGUAUGUGGAGCUCCCUACUGGCAUCCUUCCGGAGGGGUCCAAGGAGAGUCUUGUGUCUCUUUUGGAGUAUGCUGAGGACCGGCUGAAGUGUAGCCAUGUCAUUCUGUGCUUCAAGAAGAACCGUGCAGAUAGAGUCAACUUGCUCCGAGUGUUCAGUUUCCUGGGAUUCUCAGUCGUCCCGCCGGGUGAUCCCCUCAUCCCUAAAGUGGAAGACCUGAUGUUCAUGGUCUACGUCAUCGAGGAAGACUCUGACGAGGGCGAUUAGUUUUUGAGGAACAGGCCUUGAGCAUUGAAUGCUGAAACUAGAAUUUUUUCCCUUUCGUUCAUGUGUCAAACUGUAGUCUUGUUCUUCUAGAAUCCUUUUCCAUGCUUCUUUUUCCAGUCGUAACCAAGUUCCAUUUUGUCAUGAAGUUUAUAUUGAUCAUUCAAGGGUUAGAAAACUAACAAAACUUCCAUCAUUUGUCUUGACUGAGCAGCGAACAGUGAGUUCGAACAAUGGAGCUUUCCUAUGCUCCAGUAUGCAACGUAUUACAGGGAGUGUUUAUUUUCCGUCUUAACCACUUUCAAGAGAACAUAUCAUUUUUUUAGGAAUUAUUGACAUCGCAUCAUGUCACGAGAACAAACCAUUUUUGUUUCUUUACUUUUACACCCUUUACCUUCAUUUGUCUGCGUCCCGAUUUCCAUGCACACACUAAUCAUAAUCCUGCAUGGUUCCAGGUUUCGGUUUUUGUUCUAGACCAUGCCAAGAAGUAAAUGCAGUUUUAAUUAUAUUGAUUGAGAGGAAGGAAGGAAGGAAGGAAGGUUUAUUUGUAUAUUGUGAUAACAUUCAUGGUGUGCGAGUGAAUUUGUUUUUAUGAAUUUUGUAUAUAAACUACCUGGAGAAAGUAUAGACAUAUUUGUUUAGUUUUCUUGCCUUCGGACCCAAGUAUUCAACAUUCCCUGUUUAUUAUCUUGUUCAGAUUUAUUGAUUCUUUCAUGCAUUUCAAACCCGAAACCUGGAACUAGGAUGAAAAUGUACCUUGGUUAUUAUAUUUGUAUCCUCUGAAUUUCUCUGCCACGAAUGUACAUGUAAAGCUAUACUCAACCAAUGAAAAAAAUUUAAAAAAAUUGUAAGAUAUUUCAAAAAAAAAGAAAAAAAUCCAUUGUAACUUAUAUUAAGUGUAAUUUUGACAGAGACACGGCAGACAGUACCCAUGCCUGUCGGGGGGUACUAUGUGCCGUCUAUUUAUCAUGUGCGAUUUGUUGACUUCAUUAUUUUAGUUAAACUAUCUGGUAAAUGGUAGAAUAUUAUUGUGGUUCACUGUAGUAAAUAAAAUUGUCAAAAUGUCA